AUGAUUAAGUAUUCAUUGUAUAAUGAAAGUCAUUAUGAUGCUAAGUUGAAAGUCACAGAAAUACGAAAUAAGUAUAUCUUCGAAUAUCCUUGCGAAAACAACCAUGAUUGUACAGACUACGUCAUCACAUUUUCACCAGGUGUAUACAAAUUUGAGUUGUAUGGUGCAUCUGGUGGAAGUUCAACUGGUCAUGUAUCAUCAUAUCGGUAUCCAAAUGGUUCAUGUAUUGAAGACAAAAUUGUUGAAUCUGUUAAAGGUAAUGUUAAAUGUCUUCGACAGCCUAGUCUUGGUGGUGCAGGUGCAUACAUCAGUGGCACCAUAUAUUUAUCUAAUGAAACUAUCGCAUAUGCCACAAUUGGAGGUCGAGGAAUUUAUAAAUUGAAGAGCUUUAAAAAUGUUACUGAAUGUUAUGCAAAAGAAAACAUGACUGAAGGAGGUUAUGGAGGUGGAGGAUAUGCUGCAAAUUAUAUUAGUUUAGCAAGUUCAGGAGGUGGUCAAACCGCUGUCAAAUUUGUCAAAAACGAUCUUUGGCAUCGGGUCAUUGUGAGCGGUGCUGGAGGUGGUUCUGAUAACGGAGAUGGUACAUUUCUUGGAGCUGAUGAUGGUGCAGGUGGUUCAGGAGGUUUAGAAGGACAAGGAUGGCUUGCAAAUGGAGUUUACAACUCAACAUAUUUAGCAAAUUUGACAUUUGGAUUCAGUUUUGGUUCAGGGGAAUCAGCCCAAGAAACAAAAUCAUUGAAUCCUCAAGGAGUUCAAUCAAAUUAUGUGAGUGGGGAACAUUCUGGUGCAGGAUCAGGUUGGUUUGGUGGCUUUGCAAGUCAUCAUGCAAAUGGAGGUUCGGGUGGAGGAAGUUCAUGGAUUUUGUCUAGAGAUGCUAUUAUUCCAGAGAAUGAACUUGUUUCAUAUGAUAGUUUUUAUGAUUUUCUUGGAACAUCUAAAUAUGCAUUCACGAAGGCAGACUAUAUAUUUAACAAUGUCAUUGAUGCAUCGGGUGUUUGGGAAGGUAAUGGUAAACUUGUCAUUACUAUUCUUAAUUUCAUUAACUGUCCAACAGUUUGUGUUUGUUAUCGACAAAAUUUCAUUAGCAGCAUUUAUGUUUUUAUUUUAAUGUAUGAUAGCUAA